AUGGAAUCACAGCGAGUUGGGGGGCUGCAGAGGCUCCAGCCCAAAUGUAUCAGGUCUCAUCUCAGUGGGGAGGCCGAGGAGGCCAUCUUUUUCAGGACUGGCUCCUGGGAGGGUGAUGUGGGUGCAGAUCAGGAGCACCCCAUCAUUGCCAGCAUUCUUUGGACGAAGCCCACUGAAUUCCUGGACAAGAAAGGCAGGACGGUCAUACUCUUCACUGAGAAAUACCCUAAAGAUACCCAGGAGGAAGGGCAAGGCAGGAGGCUGAGUCACUGCUCACUUAACUUCGCCAUCCAGCGGCACCCCUACUUCCGGAAGCUGUUUAAUCUCUCCACCCCAGUGCUGCUGUGGGGGGGUCCCUUCGGCCGGGAGCUCUGGGGCAGCCUGAGCCAGCACAAAGCCCCUUAUGGCUGGCAGGGCCUCUCCUUCCAAGCCAUCACCUCCACCCUGAAGCUUCUCAACAACUCAGAUAGCGCGGAGCUGUUUGCUGCCUCCAAGGAGCCACUUCCAGACUGCAUCCGGUGUGCUGUGGUGGGCAACGGAGGUAUCCUGAACGGUUCCCGCCAGGGUCAGAACAUUGAUGCCCAUGACUACGUGUUCAGACUCAAUGGUGCUGUGAUCAAAGGCUUCGAGGAGGAUGUGGGCACCAAGACUUCCUUCUACGGGUUCACUGUGAACACAAUGAAGAACUCCCUCAUCGCCUACAAGCACUUGGGCUUUACCUCUGUACCACAAAGACAGGACCUGCGUUAUAUCUUCAUCCCCUCAGACAUCCGUGACUACUUGAUGCUGAGAUCCGCCCUUCUGGGCGUGCCCGUCCCUGAAGGCGAAGAUCAAGGGGACAGGCCUCAGACCUAUUUUGGACCAAAAGCCUCUGCCGGUAAAUUCAAGAUCCUUCAUCCAGUAUUCAUCCGCUACCUGAGAGAAAGGUUUCUGAAAUCAAAAUUGAUUAACACAAAUUUUCGAGACCUGUAUAUGCCCAGCACUGGGGCUCUCAUGCUACUGACAGCUUUGCAUACCUGUGAUCAGGUUAGUGCCUACGGAUUCAUCACAAGGAACUUCCAGAAUUUUUCUGAACACUAUUUCGACAGGACAAAGCAGCCACUGAAAUUCUACGCAAAUCACGACCUGCUUCUAGAAGCCGUGCUCUGGCGGAACCUGCACGACGCUGGCAUCAUCCGGCUGUACCAGCGCUGA